AUGGAAGAAGCUCGGCACUGGGUGUGGGCGAAGCGAAAGCGCGGUCUGAUCAGUACUUCUCAUGAUCCUCAUGUUCCGAACAAAGCGUCGUCGUAUGAUGAUUCGUGGGAAGAACAAGCUUUCGCAGAAGAUGCAUCGGGUCCUCUCGGAGGGUGUAUAUGGCCUCCGAGAUCUUAUUCUUGUAGCUUUUGUAGAAGAGAAUUCCGGUCGGCUCAAGCUCUUGGAGGUCACAUGAACGUCCACAGGAGAGAUAGAGCUAGACUAAAGCAGUCUCCGCCGGAUCUCCACCGUGAAAUCCUCCAUCAAAAUCAUCUUCACAAUAAUAAUAUUCCUGUUCAGAAUAGUAUUCCUUUAAUCACAUCCUUCGGUCAACCCCAAUACCCAUCUCAAGUUUGUGCCUUGGUCUAUAGCCCUAACCCUAAUUCCGAUCAUGAUCCCGCCACCGCGAAUUUUAUUGCACCUCCGCCUCCUUGUAAACAGAGUUGUCAUGACAAGCAAGUCCUGAUCCCUCCUUUUAAUUCUUCUUCUUCUUCUUCUUCUUCUCCUCUUCUACAAGAAAACAAUAAGAAGAGUUCAAAUAUAAUAAUUAGUCCUUCCUCUCAAUCCUGGUCAAACUUGGCUAGAACUGACAGAUAUAACCAUAACAAUAUUAGUAAUCAGAAAAAUCAUAUUGGAGGACAUAAGAUUUCAACAAUAACUCAUGUGGAAUCUGCAGGAUCAUGUAGGGCUAAGGGAGACUAUCAUGUGAAGACCGAUUUGUCAGUGAGUUUAAAUUUGGUAGUCUGCCAUUCUUGUCCAACUUUGUCAGGUACUGGUGAAGAAGAAGAGACUACUAUGAGUUGCAAGAAAAGAAGAAUUACCGAUUCAUCAUUACAAACUUCUCCUAGAUUAGUCGAAUCACAUGACGAUGACGAUGAUGUUCCGCGGUCAACGGAAUUAGCAUUUGAACUCAGCCAAGAUUGUUCCGAAGAAGACUUAGAUCUUGAGCUCAGGCUUGGCGACCGACCUUAUAAGGUAAAGUACUAG